AUGCCUACCGUAACGAUUGAGACGAAGGUCGCGAUGCUGGACGCAAGGGACAAGGCCACGAACUCACAGUAUGCUCUCAAGUUUGUGAGCGCGGCGGUAAGCAAUAUGUUCGCAUCGGCGGUCAGCAACCCGCUGGAUAUCAUCAAGGUUCGCCAGCAACUGCGGACCCAAACUCCUGGUGCCAGACACAACUCUUUCUGGUCUGUAGGACUCCAGAUGGCGCGCUCAGAGGGCGUCCUGAGCCUCAUGAACGGCUUCUCUGCAAGCAUGUUACGUGAAGUGGUGUAUUCGGGUCUGCGGAUGGGCUCUUAUGAGUACUUCAAGGACACAUUAUUUGAUGCCUCGAAGGGUGCACUAAGCCGCGACGGUUUGGGUCUCAAAGUCGCCGCUGCUACAAUUGCGGCGACGUUAGGCUCCGCGCUCGCGAACCCCGCUGAUUUGGUGAAAGUGCGCAUGCAGGCAUAUUAUCCAGACGGCAGUCCAUACCGGCAUAUGCGCCAUGCGUUCACCGCCAUCUGGAAUGAGGGUGCGCACUCAUCCAGCAACACGAGCUCCAUGUCGGGUGGUCUUCGUGCACUCUAUCGGGGAACGGAAGCCACGACUCUUCGUGGGGUAGUGCUGUCCGCAACCCAGAUUUGUUCGUAUGAUCAGAUCAAACAGGUGUUUAAACGGCAAGGGAUCAUGGAAGAGGGUAUCGGACUCCAUUUUACGGCGAGCAUGUUUGCUGGGUUGUUCUGCUCUAUCACAUCAAAUCCUAUUGAUGUGGUCAAAGUACGAUUAAUGAACGACAAGGCUCGCGAGAUAAACGGCACGUUUGACUGUGUGAAGACUAUCAUGGUACGAGAAGGCCCGAUGGCAUUCUACAAGGGAUUUAGCAUGUGCUGGGCGAGGCUGGGGUCUCAUACCAUCCUCACAUUCGUCAUGUUCGAGCGAUUGAGGUUGCUAUUCGGAAUAGAUGCGCUGUAG